AGCCUCUACAAGUUCAUGAAGGAGCGACACACGCCCAUCGAGAGGGUGCCCCAUCUCGGCUUCAAGCAGAUUAACCUGUGGAAGAUCUACAAGGCAGUGGAGAAGCUGGGGGCCUAUGAGAUGGUGACCGGCCGCCGCCUCUGGAAGAACGUGUAUGACGAGCUGGGGGGCAGCCCAGGCAGCACCAGCGCAGCCACCUGCACGCGCCGCCACUACGAGAGGCUGGUCCUCCCAUACGUGCGACACCUGAAGGGGGAGGAUGACAAGCCGCUGCCCCCCUCCAAGCCCAGGAAGCAAUACAAGGUGGCCAAGGAGCCUCGGGGGGACGAAGGGGCCACUGAGAGGCCAAAGAAGGCCAAGGAGGAGAAGCCGGUGGGCCAGAUAAUGCCAGGAAAGACCAAGAUAGACACCAUUGACCUGGUGAGGCCCCCCAGCCAGGAGUCCCCCCAGGACAGUGCCGAACAGCCAGGCCCGGCUCCCGGGUCUUCUCUGCCCUUCGUGGGUGCCAGCGGCUGCCCUGAGGCCUACAAGCGGCUCCUCUCCAGUUUCUACUGCAAAGGGACACAUGGCAUCAUGUCACCACUGGCCAAGAAGAAGCUCCUGGCCCAGGUGAGCAAGGCAGGAGCCUUGCAGUGCCAGGAGGAGAGCUGUUGCCACGGGGCGGGCAGCCCUAAUGCGGAGCCCCAGGCGACCCCAGCUAUUCGCCCCCUCGAGAGUCCCCGGAGCCCAGGAGAGUCACCUGAGAACCAUAGGCACCGCCUGGCCCCUCAGGAGGGGUCACAGGCCUCUGGUGGCAGCUUCAGGGAGGAGGCUCAGGCGGGCCCCCACCCUCCAGCCCCCAUCUUCACUGGCUGUUUCCACGCCUACCCUACCAAGGUGCUGAAGCCCAUCAGCCAGCACCCUCGGGACUUCUUUCCCCAUCUCAAAGAUGGGGUGCUCUUGGGAUCCCCUGGCAAAGAGGAGAGGCUGCCAAUCAAAGAGUCGCCGCUGGUGUGGGGCGGGGAUGUCAACCGUCCCUCUGCAUUCCACAAAGGUGGCUCCAGAAAAGGCAGCCUCUACCCCAAGCCCAAAGCCUGCUGGGUAUCCCCCAUGGCCAAGGUUCCUGCCGAGAUCCCUGUGCCCCUACCCACUUACCCUGGCAGCACAGGCCUCAGCAAACGCAGCCGGGAGGAAGAGGGCUUUGUCCCUGGUGCCAAAAAACUGCAGGCAGUGUCUCCCUUUCUCAAGGAGGUGGAUGCCAAGGAGUGCAGGGCCAAGUCCGUGGGGCCUGGCUUGGCUGUCUCCUGCCUGCUGGGCCCGGCCCUGGGGCCUACCCUCCCGGAGGCCUACAGGGGCACCAUGCUGCGCUGCCCAUUGAACUUCACUGGCACCCCGGACCCCUUAAAGGCCCAGGCUUCACUCCCCUUCAGCCCCCUGGUCAUCCCAGCCUUCCCAGCUCACUUCCUGGCCACUACAGCCCCCUCGCCCAUGGCCUCUGGCCUUAUGCACUUCCCCCCAGCAUCCUUCGACAGUGCCCUACGCCACAGACUUUGCCCAGCCUCAUCUGCAUGGCACAUACCGCCUGCCACAACCUAUGCAGCACCCCACUUCUCUUUCCACCUUAACACCAAGCUGUAGGGGGAGCCCACAGCUCUGCGCUAUGCUGUGGAAGGUCUGACGCAGCUCAAGAUAGGGG